UUUACCAGGAAAACGUGUGUACGAGCUGUCAUACAUGUUAUACAUGGGCAGCAUGAGACGGUCGUAUGUUGUCAGUAAUGUCAGGUGUCAACAUUUUAAACAGAUAUGGGCUUCGUUCUACAAUCAUCGGCUAUAAUGGUCUGUCUUAUUAUACAUAUACAUGCCUUACAAUUCUACAUACGUGAUUAUGAAGAUUCAGCCAACAAUGUCACAAUAGCAUACCUUAGCAAUGCUAACAAGUUGUUGUUUGAAGCUUUUGUUCAUUUCGAAAGCGCACAACAUGAGUUUGCAAAGAAUAUUUACUUUACUUACACUAAUGCGACUGUUUCGAAAAGGAUUUGUAUCGUAGAUCUUCAACCAUGCAAUGGAGGUCUGAGAAGAAACAGAUGCUACUGUGAGAGUAUUGAUGAGUCAGGAUUUUACAAGGUCGUGUUAAACAUAUCGGCUUCAGACUAUGAGAGUAGUGGAGAAAUAUACGGCACUGUCACAAAUCUAUCGCUGACAAAACACUACAGUAACAGAUUGAAGCACCAUUUUGGUAAAACUGACCGACCUUUGAAACAAGUGCAUCACACUUCAACAGAGGCUUUAGCAACUCAUGAGGGGAAUGUUACAGAAUCAUACAAAGAUCAGAACUCCACAAAGUUAUCACUUCAAAUCAUAGACGCCAAUGUCAAGAAAAAAUACCCUUUUCAAAUAACAGAGGAAGGGAGAGGUGACUCUUCAGAUUCGACAGAAAUAAAUAUCGCUCUAGUUGUUAUCAUAACUUUAAUUGUCAGCAUUGCUGUUUUUAUCAUUUUUAUUCUCUGCUUCACCAAAGAUGACGUAUUUUAUACUUCAGCGAAGAGGAGAACCACGGAGACUGAUCACACAUAUGAGGAGAUAUGUGAUGUUCAAACUAAACCACAACCACAGAAUCACGCGGCGAUAUAUGUCAACGGUAUACAUCCUUCGGUACAUGCUAACAUAAAAGGACCCGUGUAAUUAUGGCACAAUAUUAAAUUCCGAACAUCGACAAAUGGGCAAAAUAUUUAAAUUUACUGUAUUGGCAAUUGUUAACGUAUAUUUUUUUAAUGAUUUAAUAUUUUGCAAUGUUUUAAUUAUUAUAAUGAUUUGCACCCAUAUGUGAUAAGUAUUAUUUUACAAAUGCCAAGUCUGUUGGUAUUCACUCUAUGAGUUAUUAUAUAAAGUACAGUAAGUUCGGUGAAUUGAAUGAUUUUUUAAAUUGUAUCGUUGAAAGCUUGUUUUUGUUAUAUUAUGUGAUCAUGCAGCUAGAAAUACUAAUAAAAAUGUUGAUUUGUUUAACUGCUUAAUUUCCAGC